AUGUCAUCGCCGCCGGCACCGGUAUUCGAGAGGCUGGCCGGGAUCCGGCCCCUCGCCGAGUCCGGCCGCUUCAAGGUCGAGUUUGUCUGGCAGGCAUGGUUCCUGGACCAGUUCGGUGUUCUUCAUGACGGGAAGAAACCCUACCCGGGCGCCAUUUUGUCAGUGGAGAAGCUCGCUGGGAAUGGCGCCAAGAUGGUGAUAAUCAGCAAUUCCUCAAGGCGGUCGUCUGUAACCAUGGAGAAGCUGCAGAGCCUUGGGUUUGACACGUCUUGUUUCCUCGGGGCGAUCACCAGCGGGGAACUCACCCAUCAGUACCUUGACAAGAGGGAUGACCCAUGGUUUGCAUCUCUGGGAAGGAAGUGUGUCCAUCUGACAUGGGGCAAUCGAGGUGCAAUUUCUCUGGAGGGACUUGGUUUGCAAGUUGUGAACAAUGUUGACGAUGCAGAGUUUAUACUAGCCCAUGGUACUGAAGCCCUGGGUUUACCUUCUGGUGAUCCACUUUCGAAAAGUCUUGAGGAGCUUGAGCAGAUUCUAGUGCUUGGUAUACAAAAGCGACUUCCAAUGGUGGUAGCUAAUCCAGAUUAUGUCACUGUUGAAGCUCGAAACCUGCGUGUCAUGCCUGGCACCCUGGCAGCAAAAUACGAGAGUCUUGGUGGUGAAGUAAAAUGGAUGGGGAAGCCUGAUAAGGUUAUCUAUACAUCAGCAAUGUCCCUAGCAGGUGUUGAAGCACAUGAAUGUAUCACCGUAGGUGAUUCGCUGCACCACGACAUCAAAGGCGCAAAUGGAGCCGGAAUGGCAUCUGCAUUCAUCACUGGAGGUAUCCAUGCGGCUGAACUUGGACUCGGUGAAUUUGGAGAAACUGCUGGAGAUGAUGCCGUCAGUGCGUUGUGUUGCAAGCAUAGCUCAUACCCAUCUUACGUUUUGCCUUCAUUUGCAUGGUAG